AUGAUUGAAGAGGAAUUAUCAGAACAGCAAGUUGAGAUAAUGCAAAGGACCACCGAGCGAGAAUAUGUGAACUUUCUGAAAAUGCAAUGCUUUCCUGAUGAGAAAAAUUAUAAAGAAGUGAAUUCCGAUGGAGAAGAGUGCUGCUCAGAAUCAGGAGAUAGUGAUACAAAGAGGCGUCGUAAGGGAAAGAAGUCUCCGACCAAGAAGAGGAUUCUAGGAAAGACCCGUGCCGCCAAAAAAGCUGAAAUGUACGACGGAAUGUCUAAGGAAGAAAUUCGUCAAGUUAGAAGUGGACGUCAUCCGGUCAAGAAAGCUUCGAAAAUUGGCGGAAAAAAACGCGAAAACUCGGAAAUUUCCGAGGAGGAUUCUUCCACGUGCCCAUCGUCCCCUUUAGAAUCCGAAUACUCGAAGUAUAAGAACAUUGGAGUCCAGAUUCUUCAUUAA